UAGCGUUUCGUAUACCAAUCAGUUGUCAGUUCGCAUCCAACUAGAAAGCAGUUAACGAGCAGAGUCCGUUGCGUUUGCGGUUAAAAGCCACGAGGUCGUUGAGCGUUUAGCGCGCUACUUAACCCCAACGUCACCAAAUUUACCCGAGCCCUGCCCAAACCGUAUGAUCACGUGUUCUCCCUCUCCCCCGUUUCUAAAUAAGUGCUGAACGAAAAAUGUGAUAAAACAAGUCUUGUAAAAUUCAAAAUCAAAACAUUUACAAAGUGAAAAAACUCAAGCAGCCGCCCACAAAACAACAACAACAACAACAACAGUUGUAUGUAUGUAGAAUCGAGCGUGUGAGCAAGAAAUCAUGCGAGUUAGCCUAAAAACAGAGCUAAAUAAUAAUUAAUACAAAAAACCUGCACAAGUUUUGCUCAAAACAGCACAACAUAAAUAUCGUACUACGUGUAAUCAAUACAUACACAUGAAUACCCUAUAAAAAGACAACCACAACAAGUGAAUAAAAGCAAAGCAAAGCAAAACAAAACAAAAACUACGUAAAAAUUAAUAAAUAAGUGCAAAACUUGUCAAAAUAAAGGAAACAAACACACAACUUUAACAAGGAGCAAGAACAACGACAACACACAGCAAAAACCUUUUCAUAAAUUUCCAAUUGGAAUUACACAGCUUUGAGUUUUGGAGCGAGCUGACGAAAGCUUUAAAGCUGCAACUCCAUAACGAACUGUUUGCCAUCAUGGACGGCUUUGCACAAGACUGGCCCAAUCUGCCCAGAUCAGACAAUGGACUACAAAUGGAUCAGCUGGUGGGUGAGCUGCAUGGUGAUGCCGGCUUUGAGCCACAAACACGAGCCCGCUCAAACACUUGGCCAUGUCCGCGUCCCGAAAACUUUGUGGAACCCGUCGAUGAGUUGGACAGCACAAAGGCCAGCAAUCAACAGCUAGCACCUGGUGAUUCACAGCAGGCCAUACAGAAUGCCAAUGCGGCCAAAAAGAACUCAUCCCGUCGCAAUGCAUGGGGAAAUCUAUCCUAUGCCGAUCUCAUAACGCACGCCAUCGGUUCUGCCACCGACAAGAGGUUGACACUGAGCCAAAUCUACGAGUGGAUGGUUCAGAAUGUGCCAUACUUUAAGGAUAAAGGCGACUCGAAUAGCAGUGCCGGCUGGAAGAACUCCAUACGGCACAAUCUAUCGCUGCACAAUCGUUUCAUGCGCGUUCAGAACGAAGGCACCGGCAAAUCAUCAUGGUGGAUGCUCAAUCCGGAGGCGAAGCCUGGUAAGUCGGUGCGUCGUCGUGCCGCCUCCAUGGAAACAUCGCGCUACGAGAAGCGACGUGGACGGGCCAAAAAGCGUGUCGAGGCACUGCGUCAGGCCGGAGUUGUUGGUCUCAAUGAUGCAACACCAUCGCCCAGCAGCAGUGUCAGCGAAGGCUUGGAUCACUUUCCAGAGAGUCCGCUGCACAGCGGCGGGUUCCAACUGUCGCCAGAUUUUCGUCAACGCGCCUCAUCAAAUGCCAGUUCCUGCGGACGUUUAAGUCCGAUCCGUGCUUUGGAUCUCGAACCCGAUUGGGGCUUUCCGGUCGACUAUCAGAAUACGAAAAUGACACAGGCGCAGGCGCAGGCACUCGAUCAGUUGGCCGGCUCCAUGGCGGAUGAGCUGAAGCUCCACGAUAUGUUGCAGCAGCAAGGGUUCAGUGCAGCAUCUGGUCCCCCACCACCGUAUCAGGCACCUCAGCAGCCGCAGCUGCCACAAGGCUACACGCUCAAUGGACCCGUCUCCGCGUCCGGCUUUCCAACGCUGCAGCCGCAUCCUCAGCCCCAGUGUCUGUUGCAUCGCUCCCUCAACUGUGGCUGCCUGCACAGUGCGCGAGAUGGACUCUCGCCGAAUUCAGUAACCACCACAAUGUCGCCUGCGUAUCCCAAUAGCGAACCCUCGUCAGAUUCCCUCAACACAUACAGCAAUGUCCUGCUGGAUGCUGCCUCCGAUAAUGCGGCACUCCUUGUGCAACAGCAACGGCAACAACAGCAAUUACACCAGCAGCAACAGCAGCAGCAGCAACAACAACAGUUGAGCUCCGUCUUAGAUGGACAAUGCCUGGAGGCGCUCAACAAUGAGUCGCAGCAGAUUGACGAAUUUAACCUGGAGAACUUUCAGGGCGAUCUCACGUGCAAUGUGGAGGAGCUGUUGCAGCAGGAGAUGAGAUACGAUGGUGUGCUGGACAUCAACAUACCGCUGGCCACAGUCAGCACGAAUGCUACCAAUGUGAUCUUAACAAACAAUAGUACAAACAGCAGCAGCAAUGCCGGUGGCAAUGUUGGUGUUACAACCACAACCAACAGCAGCGCGUUGCAGGCACAAUUGCUUUUACAGCAGCAACAACAACAGCAGCAGCAGCAGCAACAACAACAGCAGCAUCAGCAGCAGCAUCAGCAGCAGCAACAGUUGCUGUUGAGUAACAAUAACAACAGCUUGGAUUUGGCAACUCAAACGGCAACUGCCAAUCUGAAUGCACGUGUACAGUACUCACAGCCCAGUGUGGUCAACUCGUCGCCCUCCUGGGUGCACUAGAUCCACCUGCAGAUGCAGAGCCACAUCUCGACUAAGAUGAUAGUUAAUAGAUUGUGUUGUCGUUGCCAAGACGUGGCCGGAAGCUGUAGCGGAUGCCGUACAACGAUAAGCAUAAGGAUGAGCAUAACAAGCAGGAGCAGGAUAAAGAUGUAGAGGAGACGAAGGAUGAUGAGGUGAAGGAGGAGCUGCUGCUGCUGCUGCUGCUGCAGCUGGCCGCCACAACAGUUUACAAAGAUUUAUCUGGUCGCUUCUAAUUAAAAUACACACACACACAAACACGCGUACAUAUACACAUAAACAUAUACACAUACACAUACUUAUAGCAUAUUUAGAAAUGCGUUAACUUAAUUGCAUAUACAAAGUAAUAACCAAUGUUUAGCGCUUAAAAUUAGUUGAAUUCUCUCUGUGCAUUGAUAACAUAAAAAAACAUGAACUGAAACUUCUUUGAAAGGAGUUCCAAUCAAACAACAACAACAACUACAAUAAAAACAACAACAACAACAACAGUAAUAGUAACAACAACAAAUAUUGCUAGUUUGUAAGUCAUACUUUGUACAUAUUAAUUUUAAAAACCUUAGCAUAAAGUGAACCACAAAUAAGAAAGCGUAAAACGUAAAAAAUAAAUGUUUCAACCUAAAGAAAAGAAAGAAAA